GAUUUCUGUGGCGUGACACUGAAGCAUCCAUUUGCGGGAUAAGCCUCGACAGGUCGCCGCGUGGCGUGGCGCGGCGCUGCUGUGCAGAGCGCCGGUCAACAAGCGGCAGAAGAAGGUUGGCUUGAAUCGGCUUGCAGGUGAAUCGGAGAUGCACGAGGAUAGUCGUUAGGUACGCUCAGUGACCGCCUGGCCUAUUCCUAACUGCAGCCCUUAGCCCUCUUACGUGCACACUUACUGGAUGGGUGGAUGGAUGGAUGGAUGGAUGGAUGGAUGCUCAACAUAUGGUGGGUCCAUUGCAAAAACACACUCUUGUUGUUGUUGUUUAUUAUAAUCAAACAUAUUUUGUACUGAACAUGGUGAGGCGGUCUGUUUAUUUGUUUCUGGUCUUUUGCGAAUGUAAAUUUCCCUUCUGCUAUAAAACAAUUACGCGAGGUCCUGUAAUCUGGGUGUGGGUACAUGUGAGGUACGUGCAAACCCACACUAAAAUGCGAUGACAUCGAAUGGUAUCAGUUACACCGCAUACAGUGCUCAUCAUACAGUUCUAUAGAAAUCCAUGCGUGUAAUCCAGUUUAUUUCUUUGCGUUGUCUUUUAUAAGUAACGUAAACUCAUUGUAAAUCAAGGUACCACUACUAUCCGGAACAGUUUGUUUGACAUCCUUUAAUCCUAAAAUAAAUAUCAUCUAUAACAAAGUCGUAAUUGUUGUGAUUAUUUACUUCUGGUAAAUUUGUGAUCGACAACGACGUCUUUGACUUCAAACUCGGAAUUAACGGAAGGUCGUAAAUGAAGGCUCAAGCCGCUAUUUGUGCAAUAAGGCGUUGCAGCGAGCAGACAUCUCCGUUAGAGGGUGCUAGAGCGCCACACUAGCAAGCCUACAUCCGUGUUGAACGCUCCCUCCGACGCCAUUGGCCAUUCGCGUGGCCGAACGCAAGAUAGAAAUCCCUUUCGACCAAUGACGAAGCGAAACGGGUCACAUUUUUAGGCUAUGGGGCGGGACUCGAGGAUGAUUGUCACUCUGCCAGAUUUUCAGUGAGGAGGACUCGUCCGUCCACGGGAGAUUUUUGUUUGCAGGAGGCUCGCGAUACGGGAAUUCGUUCUUGAGGGGCGGACACGCCGAGGCCAGCACCCGUUGGGAGGGAGCUCCACAUAGUUUUUCAACUGGGACUUGUAUCAAAAAGGCAGGCGCGGCCAUGACGACAGAGGCGGGCUUCGAAACGGAGGUGAAGGACAAAGCGGAGCGGCCGGCUGGCGGCGAAGAGAAAGCCAAAGAGAAGGAGGGCAAGGGGAUAGCGCGCUACCUGCCCGCCUGGCUGAAGAAGCGCACGUCUCCAAGCCGCCAGAGCCCGGAGAACGGUGGCCGAGAGGUGCUCCCGCAAGUGAACGGACACGCCGAGGAAGCGGAAGGCAAGGAGCCGCAACUCAAAGAAAAAGUGCUCCAGUCCCAGCCCGCCGGGGAGAGCGAGACGGGUGAGGGAGGUUGCCGGGCAGAGGAGGGAGCAACCGAGGAGCCGGAGGGCCGGACCUCGACGUUCCGCUCGCCGCUGCGCUUGGUGAGGAAGAGCAAGAUGAAGCUGGCGGUGUGUCACGUGACCCUCCCGGACGGCUCCGACUUUGCCUGCGAGGUGGAGAAAGGCGCCAAGGGUCUCUUCCUGUUCUUCAAGGUGUGCGAGCACCUCAACCUGCUGGAGAAGGACUACUUUGGCCUGACGUACGCCGACCGCCACGACCAGAAGUGUUGGUUGGACCCCACCAAGGAGAUCAAGAGACAAAUCCGCAGCAACAACUGGCAGUUUGCCUUCAACGUCAAGUUCUACCCACCCGACCCCUCGCUGCUCACCGAAGACAUCACCAGGUACCUGUUGUGUCUGCAGCUCCGCCAAGAUGUGGCGUCCGGUCGCCUGCCUUGCUCCUUUGUCACUCGCGCGCUGCUGGCCUCGUACACGCUGCAGGCCGAGUACGGCGACUGGGACCCCGAGCGGCCUCGGCCCCUGGACUGCAUUGGCCGCCUGACCUUUGCCCCCAAUCAGAGCAAAGAGAUGGAAGAGAAGAUUUUGGAGCUCUACAAAGCCCACAAGGGACAGACGCCGGCGCAGGCUGACGUGCACUUUCUAGAAAACGCCAAGAAGUUGUCCAUGUACGGGGUGGACCUGCACCACGCAAAGGAUUCCGAGGGCGUGGACAUCACGCUGGGAGUGUGCGCCAACGGGCUCCUGGUCUACAAGGACCGGCUUCGGAUCAAUCGCUUCGCUUGGCCCAAGAUCCUCAAGAUUUCCUACAAGAGGAACAACUUCUACAUCAAGAUCAGGCCCGGAGAGACGGAGCAGUUUGAGAGCAGCGUGGGCUUCAAGCUGCAGAGCCAUCGCUCGGCCAAACGGCUUUGGAAGGGGUGCGUGGAGAACCACGGCUUCUUCAGGCUCAACGCGCCGGAGGCCGCCGCUGGCGCCACUGCCGCACGCUUCCUGACGCUGGGCUCCAAGUUCCGCUACAGCGGCCGCACGCAGACGCAGACCCGUCUGGCCAGCGCCCUCAUUGACCGCCCGGCGCCUGCUUUUCAGCGCACCUUGUCCCAACGCAUUGGCCUCAGUCUGGAUGGAGCCCCGCGCAUCAGCGUCACAGAGGCGGACCGCGUUGCCGCCGACAAUGGCCAGCGACCCCACUCGGACCUCUGCUCAGACUCCAAGAGUCCGCUGAGAGCGCGCGUGGAUAAUAUUUAUGUCAGGCACAGUAAUUUGAUGUUAGAGGAGCACAAUAAGAGCCAAGCGGAAGUCCUCAAACACCAGGCUAGCGUUAGCCAGCUCAAACGCUCCUUUAUGGAGGCGCUGCCCCCCUCCCCUCCGCCGCCGCGCAACCUCUGGGACAAGCGCGUCGCCUCCUCUCCUCAGCAGCCCACCGCGGCGCCCGUAACAGAAGCAGCGGCAAGCGCAGCAGAUAACAGCCCCGGCCCAGAAGCCGCCAAGACGACGGAAGUUGAAAUCGAAGAAACUGUAGCAGUGCGAGAGAUUUCAGCCUAUGCGGUGGAGCGCGCGCCGGAAGCCCAAGCAACAGAGCAAAAGAUGAAGCAGCGGCACGAGGAGGGUGAGAGCGCUUCGUCCCAGAGCGACGGGGAGGCGGAAUAUUGCCCGGAGAGGGAGGAGCAGAAGAAGUCGGCGGAGCUUAGCCGGCCUGCCGAAGCGGAGGAAGACAAGAACCCAGCGGAAGAAGCCACGGCGACGCCCGGCCAAGCUCCAAAUGGUCCUGCCAACGGCGAGGUGGCGGAGGAUGAGCGACCGGCGCAGGUUAUUUGUUGCUCUCAGCCGCCCGUGGUCAAGACGGAAACGCUGACCAUAUCGGACACAUUUGCGGAGCACAAAAGCGAGAUCGCCACCAAGGAGGUGCCCAUCGUGCACACGGAAACCAAGACCAUCACGUACGAGGCCGCGCAGCCGGACGGAAGCGGCGAUGGAGAGCCCGGGGUCCUGACGACGGCUCAGAGCGUCACCUCGGAGUCGCUGUGCACCACCACCACCACGCACAUCACCAAGACGCGGAAGGGCGGCCUGUCGGAGACGAGGAUCGAGAAGCGCAUCGUCAUCACGGGCGACCGCGACAUCGACCACGACGAGGCUCUGGCCCAGGCCAUCAAGGAGGCCAAAGAGCAGCAUCCCGACAUGUCCGUCACCAGGGUGGUGGUUCACAAAGAGACGGAACUGGCCGAUGAGGACGACUGACCUUGAGUGACUGGAGAGGUGCCCACAAGAUGACAACCAAGUACCCUCCCCCAAAAAGUAACAAUCCUAAAAAGUAUCGUAACGGACACCGAGGAAGCUAAGGAACCACGUUGUUAGCUUAACGUUAGUAGCAUGUUUUAACUUGUUUUUCAUGGCUUCGGCAACGACUCCCGUUUUGCAUUUGGGGAUGACUCCCGCAAUGCUCUCAUCAUUAUGUCUGAAGAAGAAAAAAAAUCAGACUAAACCAAACAUUCCACCUUUCUAGACUGGAUUUUUUUAUUAGAUUUGUUCAAAUUGACACACUUUUACACGUCAAAUCUUCUCAAAGCUGAAAUAUUUGAAUCUCAGGAUGUUUUUAGCCCCGAAAAUAUUUUAGGCAAAUGGAGUCUUAUAAAAACACUUUUGCCAUGACAUUCCAGACUUUCACCUUUUGGAUGUCACAACUAUAUCUGUAGUUUUGCUUUGCCCGCAUUUGAUUUCCUCUGUGAACCCUUUUUUUUUUUUUUUUUUCCCCCUUUCUCUCCCAGUUUCCCUAUUUUGGGGAUGGGGUCAUUAAAACCACUAAAAAUGA